UAUUUAAACCGUGGAAGCCGAAAACCAAUGCAUUCUCCAUUGAGAGAGAGAGGAGAAGCACAAAGAGAGAGAAAGAGGAAAAUGGUAGGUUCAAGCGAUUUCGUCUCCGUUGACAUGGAGACUCUCUCUCUCGGUGGAAAGAGUAUACUUGGUUUGGGUGGACCUCAAGUACUCCUUUCCUCAAAACAAGUGAAUGAUAACCAAAGGGAGAUGCACCUUUACGAUGGAAGAAUUCUUUUUGUGAACUUAAUUUCUAUUUAAGCUAAUAAGGAGCGGCUUUUGGGGUUCAACUAUCACUUAUGAGAACCACCUUUAUUCUCUUUUUUGAAGUGUUUAGUUAGUAUUAACGUUAUCGGAAAUGUGCCUGCAGGAGUUCCCUAUAAAAACUUCCCUUGGUUGUAUAUCUGUCUCUGUAUAUGGAGACCAGGACAAGCCAGCACUCAUUACUUAUCCUGAUUUAGCUCUAAAUCAUAUAUCCUGCUUUCAAGGAUUAUUCUUUUGUCCUGAAGCAUGUUCUUUGCUCCUCCAUAACUUUUGCAUAUACCAUAUUAGUCCUCCUGGACAUGAGUUAGGAGCUGCCACAAGUAGCCCUGAUGAUCCUGUUCUUACUGUUGAUGAUUUGGCAGACCAAAUUGCUGAGAUUCUCAACUAUUUUGGACUUGGGGCAGUUAUGUGUAUGGGUGUCACUGCUGGAGCUUACAUUCUAACACUAUUUGCUAUGAAAUAUAGGCAGCGUGUUCUUGGUUUGAUACUUAUUUCUCCCUUGUGCCAAGCACCCUCAUGGACAGAAUGGUUGUGCAAUAAGGUAAUCUGUAACUUACUAUACUACUAUGGCAUGUGUGGAGUGGUGAAAGAGUUCUUGCUUAAGCGGUAUUUCAGCAAGCAGGAAGCUCGUGGUAGUGCUCAAGUACCAGAAUCAGAUAUUGUCCAGCUGCUGGAUGAAAGGCAGAGUUUGAAUGUUUCGCGGUUCCUUGAAGCUUUAAAUGGGAGACCAGACAUUAGUGAAGGACUGAGAAAGCUACAUUGUCGCUCCCUGAUAUUUGUUGGGGAGAACUCUCCAUUUCACUCUGAGGCCCUUCACAUGACAUCAAAAUUAGAUAGAAGAUACAGUGCCUUAGUCGAGGUUCAGGCAUGUGGAUCCAUGGUGACAGAGGAGCAGCCCCGUGCCAUGUUAAUACCUAUGGAGUACUUUCUAAUGGGAUACGGUAUGUACAAACCACCUAAAUUAAGUGUGAGCCCAAGAAGUCCUUUGAGUCCAUUGUGCAUUUCCGCUGAGCUCCUAUCACCAGAAAGCAUGGGCUUGAAGUUGAAACCAAUAAAAACACGAAUACAUGUGGACGUUUGAAAAAUAUGGAUAGCUCAUAGCUGGCAAGAGUGCUUUUUGUAAUCUAUUUAUUGUUAUUUUCUUUGAUUGGUUGGGGAAGAAAAACGUGGGUUGGACUGGUAGAAGAUUGUAGAUAGACUAAAAAGAAGGGGGAAAAAAUUAUAGGGGGAGAUAUUAGGAAGAAAGCAGAGAUUGGCAUUCUUUGAUUUGUAAUCAUAUGUGUAAGUUGAGGAUGAGGAGGAUUGAGUUAGUUGUAAAUCCUUGAAAUAAAUUUUCACAAUUAUAAGCAAAUGAUAAUAAUAGCGAUAAAUGGUGGACGUUGAGCUCGUGCUUUCUCAA